AUGGCUUCAUCCACUGCUGCUGCUACCGAUCACGGAUUCCGCUUCCCCGCCCAUACCCCGCUCCACAAUGCUGAAUCUCCUCUUUCGGCUACACCCGAUAGUAGAGCAACACUCCAGCGUCGUUUCACGACCGACUCUAUGAGACCUCCCAAUAUCGAUAUGGGCUGGGAUUCUUCCAACGUUUUCCACAGAAACCGGAUGAACCCUUCGGAUUCAUUGGACCUUGCUCCCAGCUUUCAAAGGCUUCAGGUUGCAGACCAGUCGGAGGCUGAUAGGAACCAGAAGGUCCAAAUGCUUCAACAAAAACAGCAGGAAUUGGAACAUAAACGUCAACAAAGGAAGGUAUUCGAGACUCAGAUGGCCCUCCUCCACCUCCAGCAGCAAAGGGAUGAGCAGGAAAUCAUGCGUAUUGCUCAGGACCUCGACCGGGAUCGCCAGGUUACUCAAGGAAGUGUCCAUGGGGGCUAUAAACCUUCGGCUGUGCGUGUUCCGACUACUCCUCCAGAACUACGUGACGGUGCCUCCUACGAAUUUAGCAGUUCUGGGAUGCCUGUGGCUACUGCUCUUGCAACACCACCAAGCAGUGGACGUCGUGACGGCCGUCAGCUUAUGACACCUCCUACAGAUGAUGGAAGCAUUUUCAUGCCUCACAAACCCUCCAGGUCUGUUCCGGGAUCUAGGCGUAAUUCGGAUGAACAUGAAAUUUUGGGAAUGCAGGAUCAGGCUCCUAUUGGACCUAGAUCUAACAUCAGAAACUCUUUGCCAAAUGGCUCCAUUGCUAGACCAGGUCAGCAAUUGGAUGCUGCUUCGUCACACCUAGGAAUGGGCCAGAUUGAUACCAGCUUUCUAUACAGCGAAGCGGACAAGAACGGGAAUGCCAAAAAUGCCCCAUCUGCAAAUAAUUCUUUGAAGACCUAUCUUCAAAUGACAGACGCUGAUGACUUUCCCGUUCUGCUUUCUUCCUCAUCUGCCGCCCUUGACCUUGCUCUCUCCAAACCUAAGGAUGGUCAGAGCAAUGUGCCUGGAAGCUGGAGUAGCUUCCGUCAUCGUCCUGCUCAGCACAGCCUUCCAGCAAAUAAUUACCCAUACACACCAGCAGGCAAAUCCUCGCCCAAAGUUACUGUCCCACAAACCGACUCCCCAACUACCUUCCGUCGUUUUGAAGAAAAACCAUUCCCCCAAUUCUCCGAAAACCUCGAAGCAAAAUUGACCCAGGGGAACGAUAUUUCUCAUGUAAACCAAAACAGCAUGCCGAGACUUCAAUCAUCUUUCUCCACUUCAGACAUCCCGACUAUGAGAACUUCUAAUCAUAUGAACACUCAGAGUUUCAACAGGGUUCAGAUGGAGCGUCCUAGACAUAGCCGUGAACCGUCGGCUAGUGGCGAAAUCUUGAAUUCGGGAAACCAGGCACUUGCAUUUGGCCCUCCUCUGUCGACAGGAGUUGGACCAAUGCCUGUCAUGACACCUCCUGGGAUCACCCCUCUUCCUUCUCCUGGCAUCUAUGGAGCGUAUGGAAACAUCAACAUGGCAAACUCUGUCUUUCACGCAGCGCCUUAUGGAUCUUAUGGUCCUUUGUAUGCCCAAGGUUCCAAAAUUGGUGAUUCAACUCAACAAACCACUAAUGCUCAAAAUCGCAAUGUUCCAAAGAGAGCCCAUGAUGGGGAAGCCAAUCGAUUCACCAACGUUCAGCUUGAGAGCUUGAAGGGUGAUAUCUACGGGUACUGUAAGGACCAGCACGGGUGUCGUUACUUGCAGAAGAAGCUGGAAGAACGUAACCCCCAAUAUGUUGAGAUGAUCUUCCGUGAGACACAUGCCCAUGUGGUUGAACUCAUGACUGAUCCCUUUGGAAAUUACCUCUGUCAAAAACUUCUCGAGUUUGCCAACGAUGCCCAGCGUACUGUCCUUGUCAAUACUGCUGCUCCCAAUCUCGUCAAGAUCGCUCUCAACCAGCAUGGAACCAGGGCUUUGCAGAAGAUGAUUGAAUUCAUUUCAACCCCCGAACAAAUCGCCACUAUCAUCCGUGCUCUUGAGAGUAAGGUUGUCGAUUUGAUUCAAGAUCUCAACGGUAACCACGUCAUCCAGAAGUGCUUGAACCGCCUCAAGGGCCAAGAUGCUCAGUUCAUUUUCGAUGCUGUUGGCAGACACUGCAUCCCGGUGGGAACACAUCGUCACGGCUGUUGUGUCCUUCAACGUUGUAUCGACCACGCAUCUGGUGACCAGAGAGCUCAAUUGGUUCAACAGAUUACGGCUCAUGCAGUUCAACUUGUCCAGGAUCCUUUUGGAAACUAUGUUGUUCAAUAUAUCCUCGAUCUUAACGAGCCAAUGUUUUCUGAGCCCUUGAUCCUGCAAUUCCGUGGACGUGUUUGCGAAUUGUCAAAGCAGAAAUUCAGCUCCAAUGUGAUGGAGAAGUGUAUCCGUGUGGCACAACAAUCAACCAAAGCGAUUUUGCUUGAGGAAAUGAUGAACCACACAGAGAUGGAGAAGUUGCUUCGCGACUCAUAUGCAAAUUAUGUCAUUCAGACGGCUAUUGAAUACUCUGGGCCUCAUCUCAAGCAACAGCUUGUCGAUUGCAUUAGGCCAAUUCUUCCGGCAAUCCGUAUGACACCUUAUGGACGCAGGAUUCAACAGAAGAUCCAAGCACCUGGAGCCUCGGGUGGUCUUGUAUUCCAAAACCCAGGCCUUCAGAGCUCAGGUUCCCCUACUGGACACCCUCAGCCACCACAACGCUCAAACUCAUACAGCCAGCCGUCCAUGCGCCCAACCCCUGUACAACAGCCAUCCUACGGAAGUACAUUCCUCGACGGGGGCGCGCCAUUCUAUAUGUGA